ACGUGCUCCCGCCGCGCCCGGGAGGGGAGGGGAGGGGAGGGCAGCCCCGGCCUAGCGCCGUUCCCGCCGGCGCCCGCGCUCUCAGCCAUGCUCCGGGGCUGCGCGGGGCUGCUGCGCUCCUGGGCCCUCCGCGGCCCGAAGAGAGGGAGGUCAUUUUCUUCUGAAGUCCUUCAUGUGGACCAUUCUCUCCCCAAUCCCAGCUGGAAUGAGGACAUGAGGCUCCUGUUUGACCAGUUCAUGAAGAAAAGUGAAGAUGGCUCUUGGAAACGUUUGCCUUCAUAUAAAUGUAACCCUCCUGAAAGGAUUGAAGAUGUCAAAAUCUUUUUUCCUGACGCAAAACUUUUAAAAGAACAAAUGUCACAGGCCCAGCAGUUUCCCAGAAGCCUUGGGGAAGGUGUGGGAUUUGAAUAUGCGAUGUUCCAUAAUCAUGUUGAAGACAGGACAGUUUGCAUAUUUCAAGGAGGUCCUCACCUGCAAGGAGUACCUGGAUUCCUUCACGGAGGUGCCAUUGCAACCAUGAUUGAUUCUGCUCUUGGUAUGUGUGCGAUUUUAACUGGGGGAAUUGCCAUGACCGCCAAUCUCAACAUCAAUUUUAGAAGGAUCCCAGCAUCCUUCAAACCUUGCGCUGGGUCUUCAGAUGGGACAGCCUAUGCCAUCGCAAAUCUGAAACCCAAGUGGUCUCUUUGAAGUCAGCCCCAAGACAGCCUGGACCAGGCCUAUCCCUCUUUGUUCUGUUGUUGUGAUAAAUUGCCAGCUUGAUAGAGUUGAAGGAAGGAAGUUGUUUGUUUCCUGUAAUAUCCGAAGCAUGGAUGAGAAGACCCUGUACUCCGAGGCAACAA